AUGGCCUUCGCGCCGCGCCAUCAUGGACACUCCAAGAGCCAGGACGCGCUGGUCGUUCCCGUGGAAGCGCAAGGUGUCGCGGCGUCGUCUCCCCGCAUGCUGGAUGUGGCUCAAACCGUAACUGCUUCGGCGAGCCGCGACCUAGACACUUCGGCAUCAUGCGCCACGAACCACGAAUGCGCUGCGUCAAUCUCUUCGCGGCUUGUUAACUGCGACCGGUUUUCCGUCCUCCCGGACGACCUUCUCGUCGAGAUUCUUUCGCGACUCGGCGGGUCCGCUGCUGAUGUCAGCGUCGCAUCAAUGACGUGUCGCCGUUGGAGAGCUUUGGCGAGACAAGUUCCGAGCCUGAGCUUCGGCGGUGCGGCAGACUCGCAACAAUCAUCCACGCGCUUCGAGGAGUCCAUUUCUCGGAUGGUGCUUCGCUCGGAAUCCCUCCGCCAACUAAAAAUCGUGACGCCGCUUCCAGCCUCUUCCCCUGCGCCGCGCGCUUGCGCCGCAUGCGGAAGCGUUUCCGCCUCCGCCAUCCCGCCAGCCUGCCCCUGCUUCGAGGAGACGGCGCACGGCGCGCACGGCGCGCACGGAGCGACGGCGCAGGAAGGGGAUUCCGCGACGGCGAGCCACCCGCGGGAGUUCAUCUUCGAGGCGUGGAUGCGCCACGUGGGGCCGUCGCUGCGCUCGCUCACUCUCUCGCGCGCUGUUCCCGUUGCUACGUCCACCAACUGCGGCGGCGACGGGAGCGUGGUGGUGAACCUGUGGGAGGAGGAGGACGCGAGCCUGCAUCUCGCGAACAUUUCCCGCCACUGCACCAACCUGCGCUCGCUCUCAUUGGGCCACGUGUCCCUCUCCGCGCCGACCCUGCUCGCCACUCUCCAGCCCAUGCCGGCUCUGCAGCACCUCUCGCUCUCGUGGCUGCACGCGUGCCCCGCCGCGCUUCACGCCGUGCUUGACGCCGCGCCGAAUCUCCGCCACCUCACGUUUUUCAUGGCGUCGGGUCUUCCGCGCCUGCAUCUGCGCCUUCCGCCGUCCCUGCAGCACCUCUCGCUUUCCUACAUCCGCGCGGACUCCGUCACGCUUCACUCCGCGCACUCCCUCCAAUCCCUCUCUAUCCGCGACAUGUUUCUCCGCUCGCUCUCAAUCCGCGACGCGCCCAACCUGCGCCAACUCUCCGUCGCCUCCGCCAACAGCCUGCUCGUCUCCGCGCCUCACUCGAGUCGGCUCGCGUCGAUCGACCUCCGUGCGGGCUCGCUCAACUGGGCCGCCACCGAAACCUUAAUUUCAACCAAUUGGGCUGCGCUCGAGUCGCUCUCUCUCGACUUUUUUGCGACCACCAACGCAUCUAGCCUGCCCUCGGUUUCGUCGCUGCCCUGGCUCGCACGGAACUGCCCGGGGUUGAAAAGUUUGCGAUUGGGUGCGCUGGCGUGGCAGAAUAUGGUUGACUCGGCUGCAUUGUCGGGUCUUUUACUGCCACAGAGGAGUAACGACAAUUUGUGGCCUCGGCUAGAAGCACUUACUGUGAGAAUUGCGGAGAAGGCACCCGAAGGCCUGCUUUUGCUUCAUUCGAUUCUUUCUAACAUCCCCACACUGAUGGGUCUGCACGUGACUGUAGAGGGAGAGGAGGACGAGGAAGAGGAAGAGGAGGCGGAGGAGAUGGAGUAUGAUGGGGAUUGCGAUGCAAUGAGCAUGGACGAGGAUGAGGAGGAAGAUGAGGGAAACAACAUUCCUGAGGAGGCAAGUGACUUCUCACAUACCCCCUCUGAAGCUUCUGCUUCACCUGGCAUUUCAGGGGUGGCUGAUGCUGCACUGGCCGAGCCCACUCAGCCUGUGGGUUACUGGCCUGCACUGACUGCAGCAGAGAGACAGCACCAGCUGUUUUUGAAGGGCCUGGACUGCCUCCAAAGGCGGUCCGGUGACAACUGA